UUGAAAACAACAUCAACAACAAACCACAUUAAGUCAUUAAACUUUGGCAUCACAAAAAUGAAACUAAAAUCCUCAAAUCAAAUCCUAUUUCACGCAGCUUCUCUCGCUCUAUGCGCGGCCGCGGCUAUGGCGUGCAACCAAACCUGCGGCUGGAGGACCGUCCCCUUCCCCUUCGGCUUCUCCCCCGGCUGCGAAAUCCAACUCAACUGCAGCCACAACGGCACCGCCCUGGCCGCAGACUUCCCGGUCCUCGCCAUCACGAGCGACACCAUCCUCGCGAGCCUCCCGGCCGUGUGCAACCGCCCCGUGGAGGCGCUGGGACGCCUCUUCACCCGAAACUACGCCCCGACGUUCCUGAACGCCGUGCUCCUCCAGAACUGCAGCGGCGGCCCGAACUCGUGCUUCAUCCCCACCACGGAGGUGAGAGCCAACUUCGAGCUGCUCGACUGCGGGGGCCACACCAACGACAGCAUCCGCUGCUACUCGCAGGCGGAUAACUCCAGCCUCUUCAUGGACUACGGCAGGCUGCGCCGGAGCGGCUGCACCUCGCUGUUUUCGGCGAUUUCGAUUGAGUCUUUGGAUAUGAGUAAUUUGUCUGUUUCCCUGGAUGUGAGGAUUGUGAGGCUGGGGUGGUGGCGCUUGGGGAGAUGCGGCUGCUCCGAUCAUGCUAAAUGCGAGGCUGUUUUGCCGCCGGGGAUUGGGGACGCGGCGGCGUAUCGGUGCCGGUGCGUUGAUGGGUUCGUCGGCGAUGGUUUUAGGGAUGGUAUGGGCUGCCGGAGAGAUCAAGAAUGCAACCUUUCCAAAUAUCUAUCUGGCGAAUGCAGAGGAGCUACUAGAAUACUUGUUCUAAUAGGAGUUAUUGCAGCAGCUAUUACGGUGACAGCGGCAGCAGCCAUAACUUUGCGAUUCGUCGUAAAAUUAUCAAAAGUUCGGAGCAGAAGCCGACGUCACCGGAGCUUGAAACUGAAAGAAACAGCAUCCAUAACCAUUCCAAUUUAUCCCUACAAAGAAAUAGAGAAGGCCACAAACUUCUUCUCCGACAAGAAAAUGCUCGGCACCGGCGCCUACGGCACAGUCUACUCCGGCAAGCUCAGCAACGACAAAUGGGUCGCUAUCAAACGGCUCAAACAAAGAGACCACGGCCCGGGCGAUAUCCAGAACGUGAUAAAUGAGAUCAAACUCCUCUCCUCAGUAAAGCACCCGAACCUCGUCCAGCUCCUCGGCUGCUCCAUCGAGCGCGAGGACAUCCUGGUGUACGAGUUCAUGCCCAAUGGCACCCUCUCCCAGCACCUGCAGGGAGAGAAGGCCGGUGGGCUCCCCUGGGCGGUCCGUCUCAGCAUUGCUGCUGAGACGGCCCGCGCCCUGUCUUAUCUGCACCACACACUGCAGCCUCCCAUCUACCACAGAGACGUCAAGACCAGUAACAUCCUCCUCGACUACAACCUGUCCGCCAAGGUGGCGGACUUUGGUCUGUCGAGGCUUGGGAUGUCUGAGGAGGCGUCCCACGUGUCCACGGCCCCCCAGGGGACGCCUGGGUACGUGGACCCGCAGUACCACCAACAUUUUCAUUUGUCAGACAAGAGCGAUGUGUACAGCUUUGGAGUGGUGCUGGUGGAGAUUAUCACAGCGAUGAGGGUGGUGGAUUUCAGCCGGCCGCCGGGGGAGAUCAACCUGGCGGCGCUGGCGGUGGAUCGGAUCGGGCGGGGGUGUUUGGAGGAGAUUGUUGACCCUUUUAUAUUGAAGUCCGGCGGCGGUGAGGGGACGCUUUGGUCGGUGAAUAAGGUGGGUGAGCUGGCGUUUAGGUGCCUUGCCUUUGAUAGGGAUUUGAGGCCGUCGAUGAUUGAUGUUUUGGAUGAGUUGGAGCAGAUUGCGGCGGCGGGGAGUAAGGCUUCCUCUAAUUUGGUGGUGGGUGCAGAAGAUGGAAGCUUGUGUAGGGUUAGUAGUAGCAAGAAGACGUUGAAGAAUAUGCAGAUGGAUUUAUCUCCAAUUGCUUCAGUUAUUGAUUCAUUGAGAAGUGAUGAGAGUUCUUCCUCGUCAAACAGCUAAAUCUGUUUGAUUAAUUGGUAUGUUUCUAAUGUUUUAGACUUCUUGAAAAAUCUUCUCUAAUAUAAGGAUACAAAUGGAAGCGCCUUGAUUA